CAUGCUGGCGCUCUGCAUUCUGCUUGGGAAGAACAGAGAGCAGGAUGUGGCUGCUUCAUCCCACACUGCUGGGUUUUUCAGUCCUAUAGUCCUACUACCCUUUGUGACUAUUUAGGUUUUUCUGCUAAGAACCAAAUUUGAAGACUGCCCUAAGAAACACGAAACCAAGAAUGCUUGCCAGAGCUCUGCAGGGAGAGCCAGAGCCUUGCUGAGGGAGACAGAAAGGGAGAGUGAGAGAGAGCAAGAAGUUUUUGAAUUCUCCAUGAAGUGUGCUGUGUUCCAUCAUUCAUUCCCAAAGCCACUGGAAGCAUUCCUUCCCGGAAAGGUGGAGUUGGUGAUGAGAAGCCGGAGGUGAGAAGACCCCUGGGAUUCAUUCAUUUUCUGAAUUUCCUAUGUGAGGACAGUAUUAGAGCCCAGUGAGGCUUUGAGAGGCCUCAAAGAUGAGCGCCAAUAGCAGCACAGUGGGCCAGCUUCUCUUGCAGGGUUCAGCGUGCAUUAGCUGGAAGCAGGAUGUGGAAGGGGCUGUUUACCACCUAGCCAACUGCCUUUUACUCCUGGGCUUCAUGGGGGGCAGUGGGGUGUAUGGAUGCUUCUAUCUUUUUGGCUUCCUGAGUGCAGGCUACCUGUGCUGUGUGCUGUGGGGCUGGUUCAGUGCCUGUGGCCUGGACAUUGUUCUUUGGAGCUUCCUGCUGGCCUUGGUCUGCCUGCUGCAGCUGGCACACCUGGUAUACCGCCUGCGCGAGGACACCCUACCUGAGGAGUUCGACCUCCUCUACAAGGCGCUGUACCUGCCCCUGCAGGUGCCCCUACAGACAUACAAGGAGAUUGUUCAUUGCUGCGAGGAGCAGGUCUUAACUCUGGCCACUGAACAGACCUAUGCCGUGGAGGGCGAGACACCCAUCAACCGCCUGUCCCUGCUGCUCUCUGGCCGGGUCCGUGUGAGCCAGGAUGGGCAGUUUCUGCACUACAUCUUUCCAUAUCAGUUCAUGGACUCUCCUGAGUGGGAAUCACUACAGCCUUCUGAGGAUGGGGUGUUCCAGGUCACUCUGACUGCUGAGACCUCAUGUAGCUACAUUUCCUGGCCCAGGAAAAGUCUUCACCUUCUUCUGACCAAAGAGCGAUACAUCUCCUGCCUCUUCUCGGCUCUGCUGGGCUAUGACAUCUCGGAGAAGCUCUACACUCUCAAUGACAAGCUCUUUGCUAAGUUUGGGCUGCGCUUUGACAUCCGCCUUCCCAGCCUCUACCAUGUCCUGGGUCCCACUGCUGCAGAUGCAGGACCAGAGUCUGAGAAGGGUGAUGAAGAAGUCUGUGAGCCAUCUGUGUACCCUCCUCAGGCCACGCCCACAUCUCUCCAGCAGACACCCCCUUGUUCUCCCCCUCCAGCUGUCCCCAACCUUCCUGCACCUCCUUCCCGGGCCAGGAUGUCCAGGCCCGACAGCAGCAUCCUGGGUGAGGACUCCACCAGUUUGGUGCUGGAGGAUUUUGAGGAGGUGUCAGGAUCAGAAUCGUUUAUGGAUUAUAGGAGUGAUGGGGAGUACAUGAGGUGAAGGGAGAACUAACAUGGGCACAGCCACCGGCUCAGGAUCCUAUCUUCUGGAAUUCCUCUUCAGAGCUGCUCUCAAGUUAUAUCCAGGGGACAGGCCCCUUUGGCUCCAAUCCACACGCCUGAACUUUAAGGAUCGUUGGACUACCUUCUUCUCUGUGGCCAGCACAGCUCUCUUCUGUGUUCACAGAAUGAUCACGGAUAGGCAUGCCUCUUUCCCCACCCACUGGAAGGCUCACAGGCAAGGUGCAGAGGACACAGAAGGUGCCAACACUGUUGCUACAGCAAGGGCCCUGGGUGACUUUGAGAAAUUCACCUUCACAAGCCUUCCUUCAGGAGCAGGCAUUGGAAGUGCAGAAGCACAGCAUCCAUCCUUUACCAGCUGCAGAAUCUUAGGCAAGUUACACAGCCACUGUGAGCCUCAUCCGAAACAGCUGGGGUUAUGAAAUCCACCUCACCUUGUUGUGAGGAUCCGAUGAGUUGAUUUAGGUAAGCACCUAGGAAAUGGCGUGGUAUCAAGUAAGCACUCAAUAAAUCACUCAACUCCUUUUCCU